UCAACUUCUCGUCACGCUGGAUCCUAAAGUUCAGGUAACUGUCGACAUGCCAUCAGUGUUAUACGAUCCCUCAGAUGACAACGAAGUAGAAGUCGAGAUGGUCGACUGCCCAGUUGAUCUUUCUGGACGGCUAUGGACAAGAGCAGGGGCAGAGAGGUUUUUAUUUGGACGUGUAUCACUCGACAUGUUAGGGGUGGGCGUGCCGGAGAGGAUGGCAAGGCUCACUCUACUCUAACGGCACCGCGAAGCAAAUGGUGAGGUCAGAGUGGUGUAAGGGUGGUUCAUACGGAGUGGGCAGACGGAGUUGUGUAGAGUAAGCCAUGAAAAGGAAAAACCCAACGAUGGAUGGACAGACAAGCAAGACGGCAGAAAAACGGCAUCGCCCAGCAUCAUGCGUAAGUGUAGAGGUGUACUUCGCCCUGCAUGUUCGAAUCGACCUGAACUUGAACCUCAGAUCUCUCUUACUUUUACAAUCUCUCUCACCAUUGUGAUGAACAUCCUCUUCUCGACCACUGGUCACGUAUGACCGGUCACGUCAAGCGCUAUCAUCAAGUCAUGCCGAACCCCCUCAUCAUGAUCACUCAUGUCGUCGAUUCUAGCCGAGGUAACACUCGACUGUUGAAGACAGUGCAAAAGUGAACUGGAACGGGUGGAGCGGAUGAGCGGACAUGUGGCCCUUGCGUACCGACAUGGCUGACGAGACUUUUCUCCAACACGUCACACAUUGUCACUUGUCACUUCACUUGUCUUGUCUUGUCUUUCCUCAUCCUACUUAUCGUUCACUCCUCCCCUGUUCUCACCCAUACAAAUCACGACAGCCAUCGUCCAUCCUUACACACCUGUACUCCUCUCCCUGUGCAACAAUACCGCUUCCAGUCUUCCUCUCACUCUCGCCACUAUCAUCCGACACCUUCUCACCAUCGUUCUCAAGUCAGCCACUCUCUCUCUCAUUCUCAUCUUCCUCUCCC